AUGGAUUCCGCUUUGACCGGAUUGAUACUAAUCUCGUUUGCAGAUAACAUGAUCCAUAUUCUGGUACAACUUCAUAAUACGCUGAAACCGUUAGAUGGAGGAAUCUUUCAUCGAGUUUACUUCAUAUAUUCAUUCGGUUUUCUUCUGAUUAGAACUACUUUGGUGGUCCUUUUCGCCGACAAAAUUUAUUGCGAGAGCUCCGAAUCCGGAAAAAUUCUUUCGCGAAUUUCCGCUCGAGCUUACAACACGGAAAUCGAUCGACUAUCAAUGCAAAUCCAAAUAGAACCGAGUUGUCUCACCGGCAACGGAUUUUUCAAACUGAAGAAAUCGCUGAUUCUAAGUAUUGCCGGUGCCAUAGUUACGUACGAGCUAGUCCUGCUUCAAUUCUACGUGCAUUGAUGAUGAUUAUGUUAUUGCCGCC